CUAACUGUUCAGUACUUAUUCAGCCGCCAUGACACCCUUAACACGAACGAUGACUGACAAACUUCUACAAGAUUACAACAGUGUUUUACUUAAAAUUUCAUUUAAAUUAGAUGAGGAACAUCAAAAGAAGCUGCUACAUUACUGCAGUGGACUUAUUUCGAAACAGGUUACUGAUACAAUUGAUAUAUUACGUUCUUUGGAGUACAAGGGAAAGAUUUCGUGGGAAGAUGUAAAUUUUGUGAAAGAAGCUAUGCGUAAAAUUAAUAGAUUCGAUAUUGUUAAAGAGUUGACCGAGUAUGAAAUCAAGCGGGAUUUGACACUUCUUCUGGAUUUCUAUGCGAGGAAGAUUCUAAACUUGGAUUUACAUUGCUGUUCUGUAUCUGUGAAAAGAAUAGUUGGACAUUUAGUAAGACUUAUGGAGGUCGCAAGAGACAAAGUUGACAUCACAUCGAUAAGCUUAACAGUAGAAUGUUGUAAAGACAUGAGGAAAGCGUUAGUGGAUUUUGAAGAUGAGAUUGACUGUGGUGAACUAACUUUUUCCUGGAAUGAAUUUACUAUGCUCGUUGUUAUCGCCGGAGAAAUCAUAGCCGUCGCUUAC